AAAAACACCUGAGGUUGAACUCCAUAUCAGCAGGUGCAUUUUAACGUAGCCCCGCCCUCUCCAAGAGUAGGGGGCGUGAUUCGCGAGUACAUCUUUUUCAGCGGCUUCGCUCCUAUAGUUUUCACCGGCACGUGGGCCGGCUGGAAGCGAACACCUCAAAGGAAGGAACGACCCGCUCGGCUCGUCAUCGCCCCGCGCCGGCUCAUAAAUGGGGCAGACCCGGUCUAACUUGAGUUAAAGGGUGUGUACCGAUACUGGCAAGGUUGGAUGACACAAAUCUACCUGUCCGGCGGCAGUUGCCUCGUACGGAGAGAGGAGAGCCAUGGGGAAGACAGGUAGAGUAGACUUUGAGUGGGUCUACACGGACCAGCCGCACACGUCCAGAAGAAAAGAAAUAUUAGCCAAAUAUCCAGAGAUCAAGACUCUGAUGGGUCCAGACCCCCAGCUGAAGUGGGUGGUCUCUGGCAUGGUCCUAACCCAACUUCUCGCCUGCUACCUGGUCCACGAUCUCUCCUGGAAGUGGGUCUUGUUCUGGGCCUACGCCUUCGGAGGCUGCGUCAACCACUCCCUGACUCUGGCCAUUCACGACAUCUCCCACAACGUGGCCUUUGGGAACAAGUGGGCCAAGUGGAACCGCUGGUUCGCCAUGUGGGCCAACCUGCCCAUCGGCGUGCCCUACUCCGCCUCCUUCAAGAAGUACCACAUCGACCACCACCGCUACCUGGGCGGAGACCAGCUGGACGUUGACAUCCCGACGGACUUUGAGGGAUGGUUCUUCUGCACCCCGGCCCGGAAGGUGCUCUGGCUCUUCCUCCAGCCACUCUUCUACACCCUACGACCGCUGGUGGUCAAUCCGAAACCAGUGGGUACGCUGGAAAUCCAGAACACAGUGGUUCAGCUCGCAGCGGAUGCAAUCCUCUAUUAUUUCUGGGGGUUGAAGCCAGUUAUUUACCUCAUCGCUGGAUCUAUUCUGGGCAUGGGGCUGCACCCCAUCUCUGGACAUUUCAUAUCGGAGCAUUACAUGUUCCUGAAGGGACACGAGACGUAUUCAUAUUACGGACCACUGAACCAUAUCACCUUCAACGUGGGGUAUCACAUGGAGCACCAUGACUUCCCCAGCAUACCUGGCAGUAAACUACCUCAGGUCAAAAAGAUCGCAGCAGAGUAUUACGACUCCCUGCCCCAGUACAACUCCUGGAGCCGAGUGCUGUGGGACUUCGUUUUCGACGACAGCAUCGGUCCGUACGCUAGAAUCAAGCGGGAGUACAAGCUGAGCAAGCAGGAAUAAACGUGUGAUUAUAUUUCUACAGAGAAGUGUCUUGUUAAAUGUCAUUUAACCACAGUUUAAUGUAUGAAUGUUCGUUUGUUAUCCCUCCACUUGAUGUGAUGCCACUGAAAACAAACCCAACAAGAUGUUCAGCAUUUAGCUUGAGUUGUCCCUGAUUGACUUUAUAGUUAAUUAAUAUCUGUGUAAUAGUUACAAGUGUGCACAGUUCCUUGAAGUGCUAAUUGAAUGUUAUUAGUCUGGAUAGUUUUCUUCUUUUUGUAGCACCUGCUUUAAAAAAAUCUUGGCCUGCUGCCACAAUAUUUGCGACUGCGACAUUUGUUUGUKGCCAGAAGGGAAUGAGAAGGAAACCUGAAAGAAAAUAUACCGAUUCAUCAUGUGGAAUCUGAGAACACAAGGUCACGUGCAUUUUCAUAACGUCUGACAGACAGGUGCCACGGUGCGUUCCUGCCUGGAAGCGUUCGUCAGACCCUUUUUAAAAACAGCUUCAUGGACGAUUACCAUUGCUUUGUUUUACAUUCAUCACGCAGAACAGAGCUGAAGAGGAAAAGGAGCAUUAAAACUUAUUUGCCAGUAAGAAAAGCCUUUUCUUCUGUGACGGUUUGCAGCUCCGAUGUGCUGCAGAAAGUUUGAAAUCAUCUUCAAGAACCGAACAGUAAUGGGAUCAUUUACAAAAAAAAAAGUUAUUUUCUAAAGCUGUAACAAAUAAAUUUUUUUCUGGUUACAUUUUUAUAUGAAUAAAGUGUCCCAUUGAG